AUGAUUUGCAAUAUUGUCGGCAUUGACCCACUAGAUGGAUUCAAUGUUACAGAUGUGCUCCGGAUUGGAGAGUAUAGUCUCAGAAAUUUCAACUUUCAAACAAUUGUUACAAUGAAAAGUCGUCCACCCUUUCUUGACCGGUUUUCCGGGAAACUGGGGCUUGGACCUGCUUCUGACGUGACACCGGGCAACUUUGCUCAGUCGCUCCUGACCGCGUUUCCAGAUGAACCUGUAUUCACUUUUUGGUUUCGCCCGGAUCACGACGGAGUUUUCAGAGGCGGGAUUUUCUCCUUUGGCGGAAUUCAUGAUUACCGUUACGAUGGGCCGCUAAUAUACCUUCCCAUGAUGUUACCCACUUCAUGGACCGUCCAAGCUACUAGACCAUUAUUGCAGGCCAGUUUUGCACAAUGGGGGUUAGGGCGUGAAUCUACUGAUCGAAAUGUCCGUGGUUCGAAACUGACCUCUUCCUCUCAACUUCCCGUGUCUAUGCUUGGGCAACCUGGCAGUAUUCUAGCCCUCGUAAUUUCACUGGGACGCGACAUAACUUGUCACCAAGGCUGCACCAUUCAAUUCAACACCGCCUAUCCUUACUUCUAUGGGCCACCACAACAAAUCCAUCAAAUUCAUCAACUGCUGCGAGUGGACAGAAACCUAUUUCGCCGAGGGAGAAUACCUGCUCGGCUGUAA